AAUGCAUAUACACCUAAGCAACUUCUUGCAGCCAACGAAGAAACCUCGGAACUUUCCUCUUCCUGUGGCUUCCCUAAAACCUCAGCUGAACCCCAACACCGUUCAUUAAAUGGCCGCUAAGCCCCAAACCCAUUUUAACCUCCAUGAUAUAUAAAUUUUAAUUAUUUUUUAGCCUUUAAUUUUUUUUAUUCACUUUGGUGGGUUCUUGUUUGUAUGAUUUUUAUCUAUGGCUAGCAAUGAGAAUCCAGGAAGUGAAUCCAAUAAUAAUGGCGGUGCUCUUCUUCUUCUUCUUCUUCGACUUCAAAGGAUGGAGAAACACCCACGCAAAUUCAACCUUUUAGAAUGCCUACAAUAGAAGAGGUUCGUGCCCAAGACGUUUGGAAUAACUGUGCUGUUCGCAGUGUUGCUAGUGGAGUCAUGGGAGGUGGGCUGGGGUUGUUCAUGGGACUGUUUCUAGGUGCAUUGGAUAAUCCCAUCAUGCAAGAUGAGAUGACAGGAAGACAGCAAUUUAUUUAUACCGCGAAGCAAAUGGGACGGAGGAGUUGGAGUUCUUGUAAAGCUUUUGCAAUUAUGGGCUUGGUUUUCUCAGCUGCUGAGUGUGUCACUGAAAAGGCCCGGGCAAAACAUGACACCACUAAUACCGUUGUUGCUGGGUGUGUCACUGGAGGUACAAUGUCAGCAAAAGGGUGGAAAUGAAGGAGAGUGGAUGGGGUGUAUACUGUUGAGGGAGGGAAGAGGUGCUCACCUUGUUUGGUAGGAUAGAUGCAUUCUUGAGAAAGGAACAGAAGAAUACCUUCCUUCCAUCAAUCUUCAGUUUUCCAAUCCUUCCAAAUUGGAAACAUUGAAAAAGAGACACAAAUGAGAUGAAAUUUUUUCCUGAUUUUACAUCAUUUGGAUCUUUUUGAUUACCUUUUCCCCUCAUUUAAACUACUAGAAGGAUGGAUUCGUUUUCAUUCUUCACCUUUCCAAUUUUUCCUUAUGCUCCGAAUUGUCCCUAUACUCCCGACUAUUGUCCCUAUACUCCCAACUAAGUAGUGUUUUAAUACGGCGGUAGAAGGGCAUAACCUCAUGAUGCGGACAACAAAAGAAGCAAGAUUGGUGACUUUUUAUAGACAAGGGUAUCUCUGUAAUUUCUCUGUUUGCUGGAAAUUCUAGGAAAACUUUGAUGAUGCAGGCAAAAAGAAUAAGAUUUAUGUGGUCUAUUUCAACUAUAGAAUACAAGGGUGUUUUAGUAAUUUUCAGAUGUGGAAAAUCUGAAAAUUAUAGUUAUUUAUAUCUAUUCACACGUCCUUUUUGUAAUUCUCAAUUAUUUUCUCUUGUUGAUGUCUUAUAAAAAAAAUCAAAUUCAAAGAAAUAUGUUUUUGACGUGUUCGUGUUCAUUUCGUAUUUC